AUGGACAACAUAACGCGCCAGGAAGCAUCGAAGUCUCAUGAGCAUGUUUUACGUGUCUCACCCAACGUACAUUACAAGUCUAAAGCCCCUGUAGUGCCUUCACGGGCCGAAAGUAGAUCUAUAGUCAGUGAUAGUCAGCCUUCAAGUCCCGUCCCCACAGAAAGCGCUGAAUCUAGUAGUAGUAGUAGUAGUAGUAGUAGUAGCGGUCGCAGCCACAGUGAUCAGUCUCAUCGAAACAGAAAAACUCAUACGACUCAAGAUCCUGGAGAUGAUUUUGAGGGAGAAUCUGAUGGUAUCGAUGACGACGACGAACAAGACCAUGAUUAUCAUCCUCAAGCGGAUAGGCCAUCUACUUCCAGCCAUCAGCGUCAAAAUACUCACUCGACCCCUCGUCGCCGAGGCCGUAAUGCCCAAGCUUCCCUGACUAGAGGGAAACGGCAGUGCCCAGGGCCUACGGGCCAGACCGGUCAGGACCCUGAGCCUGGCGCCAAUAACAAUAACAACAAUAGCAGCAAUAACAUUAAUGAUAACCAAACCGAAACAAUCCCUAACCAUAAUGGAGAUGGAGAGGACUCGGGUGAAUCGGAUCAAGAGCCUACAGACAACGAUGACAUCGCGGAUUAUCGCAACAUAUCUUUUGUGGAUCCAGAUGACCUAGGGGUACUACCCUACGUACCGCGCACCGCUGAAUCCAUCUAUGGCCCUCAACUCAUAGAAGAGGACUAUACCCCCCACCACGUCUUGGUCCGGAAGACCAUUAAUCAGCUCUACACUAGCCUCAGGGAGUUGAACAACUCCUUCGUACCUAUAAACGCCCAAAGCCAAGUGACGAAUGUUCAGCAAUUGGUCAAUCGUCUAAUCCAGGACCAUUUGCCCCAUUUCUGGCAAUACCGAGAAGAACUAUUCUAUGCCUUGAUGAUGGUACGAGAGGAUAUGAAAAAGGAGAAAGACAUUCUGAACAACAAAUACAAUAACGCCGAUGCUGUAGAUAUUGAUAUUAAUGGACACAGUACCAAUAAGCGUCCACAUGGGUCAGCUAUCCUGACGACCUGUGUAGAAUGCGGCUUCAAGUUCCAUAAGGAGCUGCUGUAUGAUUGUCCCGCGACAGUAAGGCAUGGCCAACGCCGAGCCCGACAGGAAAAGCUUCAGAAUGGUCUGGCAACCAAGGGUAAAAGGGGCCCAUGGCGGAAACGAGAGACAAUUCGCGCAGUAGAAUUGUUCCGUCUUAGAAUUGAUCCAAGCCAACGCGAAGGGGUCUUUGGAGCAACUGAAAAUACAUAUUUUAGUCCCGACGACAUUGACAACGCUUUGAACAACAAUCGCAGGGACAAGAAAUACGAUGGUAAUUUGGAUUACAUUGGGAUUAAGGAAGAGGGUCAUGGUAUGCUUGCACGAGCCAAGAAAUCGGACCAGGACAGUGAACUGGAUUACAGUGCCCAUAUUAAACAAGAAAAUAUAGGGUCUAUUACUCAUAGUAGCCAAAAUAUAGUCCCAAGAGUUGGGAGUCAGCCACAAAAGAGGGGAAAAGGAAAGGGGAAAGAAAAGGCAUCUGAGACUGUAGAGAACGAGAUCGGGGAAGAAUCUGAUGACGACGAAGAUCCGCAUGACCACAUGAUGGAGUAUGAAUACUGCUCUCCAAGCACGAAACUUCAUCUUGGCUGGGAGGUUGUAUUAGGCCAUGACCAUUCCAAGAUCCCAUGCGCCUCUCCAGCUAGUUCAUCGUCACCUCUGUACCCCUACUACCCAGCCAGGUCUUUGAUGGCUGCCUUUGCUCACAUACUGCCUCACAAUAUCGAAUUGACUCAAAACCAACUCAGAAAGCUAUUUAGCUAUUUUGUCUGGCAUCCAUGGUUUGAUUGUGACCUUCAGGCGAUAACCAUUCGAAGGGCUUAUAGAGAGCUGUGGCCGUUGUUCUUAAUUCGUGAUGAAGAUGAGCUAGGGACUAUACCACCAUCCUACAACGUUGUCAAGCGUAGUCAUCAGGUAGCAUUUGAUGCUGCGGUUGGCAUUGAGGAGGCCUCUCAAACCAAGCGGCAAAGACCAGAGGCUGAAGGGGUGGACCACCCACUUUGCCCUGCUCCAUCAGGAACUUGGGCUACAUCAUCCUCGAUGCAACCAUCUCCAUGGCGCCUACAAGCAAUGCCUAACGAAAGUGAAGAUGAGAAGAAGAAGCGUGAACAAGGAGAGGAAAAGAAAGGAAAGCGGGCCUUGAUAAGGCGCAAAAGGCUUCUAUCAUUGGAACAGCGGUUUACCACUUCGUUGAAUAAUGGCCUGAAAUUCCACGGCAUCACCUGUGAGAGUCGUGACCCGCCGGAGCAACAACGAUUACGUCGUGAUACACAGGCAAAGGCCUAUGGAUGGAUCUUAGGUCCAUCUCCAUGGCUUGAUACAGAGGGUCGGAUUAUCGUUAGUGGCAAGCCAAAGAAAGACCAAGAAAUCCUGAAGAAGAACCACAAAGAGUUCUAUUACGAGAUCCGAUCCAGCACUAUAGAUAAGAGCCUUGCGCCUGAACUGCAUAAUAGGGCUUUUACACAGCCGUGGAGGCCAGACUCGCUAGCACAUUUAACAAGGAAUCUUCGUAGAUUGUCUAAAAGAGCACAGGAUAGACGAGAGCUGUCUCUAUUCGUCGUCCCGGAGUACAUGCAGACCACAAGGAUUAAGGCAGAGAAAAUAUCUGAGACUAGGAUCAAGAAGAGAUCCCAGGAUCAAGAUGAUCCUGAUGUUCACAAGCGGAGGAAAAAGAAUAGCAAAACUAAUCGAGGUGCCAGCGCUUUAACAGGGCUCAGUAAUAGUGAAGUUUCCAUAAGCGGGACCGAGAGGAAACAACAUAGGAAUCAGAAAAGCAGCUCUGGAGGAACUCUGGAUCCGGAGAGAACCAUAUCCACAGCAGAAACCUCUAUGUAUGAUCUACCGAGCCCACAAGAUAAUGGGGCGUCUUUCUACGGUCAUGACCUCACUAACCGCUCCCUUUCCUCCUCUCCCGGUGUACAUUCUUCAUCCUCAGGCUACACUGGAUUGGUGCAGCGAUCCUCAUUGAUGAUUUCAUCGCUCGGAGGGCAGAUGUAUGUCCCUAGCCUAGCUCAAAAUCAUGGUCACAUGCAUGAGCAUGAGCAGGGCCCAGGACUAAACCAAGUAGACCAAGCAGGAGGCCUCCGAGAUGCGCUACUCGAGCUAACUAGGUCUCAUAACGCGCCAUCAGCUAUUGCCACAACGCCGGUGACUAUGCCGCAAAUGGCGAUGCCCUUGUAUUCUGAAUCAACCCUCCUCACAAACUACCCCAUCCUUCAGCCGACUUAUCCCAAUCGCCAGCCAGUGUACCCCUUCCCAUUGACUACACUGCCUGCAAUCAACGCGAACGCCACCCAAAGCACAACUAUGCGCGCGUCUCAAGGAUACUCUUUCCCCAAUCUACAAGCUCUUGGCAUGACCCCUACCCUGAAUAUUUAUGGGAUUAACAACAGUAGCGGCAGCAAUGACGCUAAUAGCAACGGCGAUAACAGUAACAGCAAUAAUGGCAACGGCGGUAUUGGUAGUAGUCACCACAGUGAUGCAUUCUAUACCAACCCGGCAUGGGCGAACGAGGAUAUAAUGGCCCAAUAUAUCAAUUUAGACCCAGAAGAUCUUGAUGGUUUUACAUGCGGAGCUUGGAGUCCACUCCAACCCACCUUGAUCAUGAAAUCACAAGCAGUAUCCCCAUCAUUUUCAUUGCUAUCGGAACCCCUGGUAGCUCACACCCAAGGCAUUGCAACAAAUCCUCAAUCAAUGGUAGUGUUGCCAACUAUCCAAAAUGAUGCCCAUAGCCCAACAUUAAGCGAUGGCUCUCUAAGCAGUGUAGCAUCACGAUAUGUAAACAAUCAUAUCACAACCACAAUAACUAAAUCAGUUGUACCUGUCGGCAAUACUGUGACUAACAUGGAGUCUAAUUCUAAAUUCACUGCGACAGAGGAGGAGGAGCUUCGGGUAAUGGAUGAGUUCUUGCAGUCGCUUCACCUACACGCUUCCUAUCACAAUAAUACUGAGGAGGACUCGGAUCAUCAUCAAUGGGCGUUGUGA